AUGCGGCUGCUGCCAGCAGCGCUGGCCCUGCUCCUGCUGCUGAGCAGCUCGGUGCCAGGGGGUGGUCUGUCGCUGGAGAGCCUGCUGACCAACAUGAGGUGCAAGUGCAUCAAAUCCACCGCCCACGUCAUCAACCUGGGGCUGAUCCUCACCAUCGAAGUUACCCCGCCCGGCAUCCACUGCAGGAGGAAGGAGGUCAUCCUCACCCUGAAGAAGAACAGGCGUGUGUGCGUGACCCCCGAGGCGCCCUGGAUCCAGCUGCUCAUCCACAAGCUGACACAGAGGAACGGCCCCAAGAAAGCGCUGCCGCGGCCCCGGCGGGAAGCACCGUGCUGCCCUUGGAGAAACCCCACCCCGUCCCUCCUACUGUCCACAUCCACCGAGUCCACGGCCAUCAAUUCCUCGUGGGACAGCCAUGACACAGCCCCCCUGCCCUGA